UAACUGUGAAACUUGGUCUGUAUGCAGUAAAGGUUUUCAGUUCACAACAUAAUUCAAAUCCCGGUCAAAAAAACCCCAAGAACCUCGUCAUUUCCGUCUUCUCCCAGCGGCUCACUCGUUCACAUCCGGCACUUCAGGAACCUACUUAACGAUCGUGGUGAACGACUCGAGGUCUAGCGACGACAAUGGAUGAUCGAGGCUACGGAUCUGGUUUUUCCAACUGGGGUGGAGGAUCUGGCAAUAGAGGUUCUGGCCAGUAUGACUCCUAUGGUGACGACUCUGGCUAUGAUGGCUUCGGUCAAAUGAAAAGGGGGCUCUCUGGAGGCUCCAUGAUGUCUUCAGGUGCACAUGCGGAUGCUGUCAUUGCCAAGAUAAACCAACGCUUGGACAUGCUUUCUCAGAUGGAAGGAAAUAUGAAACGUGACAGGUAUGACCAGUACGAGUCUUACGACUCGCAAUCCUCCGCUUACACCUCCCGAGAUCUCUAUAGAUCUGGUGGUGGAAACUAUGGUUAUGAUGGCCGCGGGGACAUGAUGUUGGGUCAGCGAGGCGGCCUAGGGGGAGGAGGCUACGACAGCCCUUCCUCUUCCUAUGGGCUCGCUAAAAUGCGACAGAAUAUGAGGGAGUCCUUCAUCGGAGGAAGUUCCGGAGAUGGAGGUGGAGGAUGGCCUGGAGCAGGCAGACGUUCACCCAGAAGGGGUGGCGGUGGUCGAGGAGGGUAUGGAGACCGCAGGUCUGACCCCACUCCUGUAGGUGGCGGUGGUAGAGGCAAGCUCCCAUCCCUCCUGUCUGACCGCCUGUACCCCAUGAGUGGGGGUUUCCAUCGUGGCUCCAAUCAAGGGCCUCACGACUUCCCUGGGAGGCAUUUUGGAGGAGGCCCACGGGCUGGCCGCCAGCGGGGCCGCAAGAGACCCCUCAACAAACAGCAGAACAACCCCCAAAAGAAGAGGAAGGAGAGCCCUGACGGAGCCGAGGAGCCCGAGUCAAAGAUGAUCAAAGAAGAGGGCGAGGAGGCGCAGGAGAAGGAUGCUGAUGAGCAAACCAAUAAAAAUGGAGAUGAGGCCGAUGACGACCAGAAGACCGAAACUGAUGAGGCAAAACCUGCAGCGGAUGGGGAAGAUGGGGAGGAGAAGGCCGAAGAUGCUCAGGGAAAGAAAAAGCAGGGGAAGCAGAAGCAACAGGAAAAAGCACAGAAGGCGAAAAAGAAGAGAGGCUUUUUGGACAGAAUGACGUACGCUUGCUCGCUCUGCAAAUUCCGGUCAUUCUACAAGGAUGAGAUGGAAGCUCACCUUCAGAGUCGCUUCCAUAAGGAACACUUUCGGUACCUUGCAAGUCAGCUGUCUAAGCCCACAACAGAUUUCCUUGAGGAGUAUCUGCUUAACAAGUACAAGAAGACAGAGGAACGUAUUACCCAGCUGGAGAACUUCAACACCAUCAUCUCUAACUUCUACAAAGAGCAGGAUCUCACCCGGGAGCUGGGAAUGGAACACUUCCUGAAGAAAGUGGAAGCUGCCCAUUGCGUUGCGUGUGACAUUUUCAUUCCCAUGCAGCCGCACCUGAUCGAAAAACACAUGAAAUCACAUGAGCACAACUACCACAGGAAGGAAAUGAUGGAGUUUUCCAAGAAGGCCAGUCUGGCUGUGGCGCGCAGCAUCCUCAACCACAAAUUCAUCGGGAUGAAGCUGGAGAAGUACCUGAAGGGUGAGAAUCCGUUCACUGACAGGGAUGAGAACGACCCAGAGGAGACCAUCUUAACUGAAGCAGCAGAGGGGGGUGAAGCAGCGGAGGGUGCCGAGGGCCAGGCAGAGGCGAUAGCUGAUGACAAAGAGCCAGUCGUGGAAGAGGAAGCGGCCGAAGAAACCGAAAAGACGGAGGAGCAGGAGACGGACAAAGUGGAGGAGGAGGAGGAGGAGGAGCAGCAGCAGCAGCCUGAACUGCAAGCUCAGGAGGAGAACGGCCAGGAGUUGGAAGGCAACCCUGAGGAGGAUGAAGGUUUUGAAAUGGGUGAUGAUGACGGAGGAUUUUUCGUGCGUGACGAGGUUGGCGACGAGAACUUCCAAUUUGAGCAGUAAGACGAUGCAGCACUGGCCGAGGAAAGGAGCGUGUCGGCCCUGGAACCAGGCUGGAUCAGUGAUCGGAUGGGUUUUAUUAAUUCCCCUACACAUCCAUGCAGAUUACUUUCAAACGUUUUCUCUCUUAAAUGUGAAGUUUUGUUUUCUUUUUAGUAAAAUUCCUGUUCAUAUUGUGAAAUACUUUUUAUUGUGGUGAGUUUUUAAGUAAGCAUUCACUCUGCUGAUUUCAGUUUUUGUGUUUUUUCACGUGCUUCCGCUUGGUCACAUGGAUCAUGGGCAGCGUUCGUGGAUGAGUUGGACGAAUCCGACUUUUCUCCAAUUCAUCUUUGGAACGUACUAACGUUGCCUGGCUCCUUGCAACAGUCUCAUUUACACUUCACGGUAGAGGCAAAGGUCUUCGGAUGCUAACAUGUUCCUGUAGAUUUCAUUUCCUUUUUUUUUUUUUUUACUUUAUUUUUAAGAUGCAAAGCUUGACUCAUUCGCAAAAAAACGUGGAUUUACUUUCCCCAAAUUACAUUCUUUUUUUCUACUUGCCUUGGUGCAUGGCUCUCUUUGUUUAGCUCGGACUGUUUUAGGAUGUCUGCUGUAGUAGAGAUGACUUUAAAUGGCACUGUGGAGUUUUGUCAACUGUCAUGUUGAUUUUUGAACAUAUUUGGAGGCUGUUGUGAAAGUUUGUACAAUAAAGGCAAAUGUGUUAAUGACAUUUUUCCAACAUGUAAUAAACAAAAUGCGUAACUGUUU